AUGAGCUCAGUACUCACAUACACCUCCAAUGACUCCAUUGAAGAUAGUUACCAUCUCGUUCGCCGUAUUUUCAGCACUGGCAAGACACGCAGCCUAAAGUUCCGUAAGACACAGAUUCAACGCCUCUAUGACCUCGUUAAAGACAACGAAGAACGUUUCUAUGAAGCCCUUGCCAAAGAUAUGAACAAGCCUCGCAUGGAGGCUCUGAGUGGUGAUAUUGCCCCUUGUCUGGAAGAAUGCCUGUUCUUCCUCGAUAACCUGGAUAAGCUUGCCAAGGAUGACAAGGUUAAGCCCCGUAUGCAGAUGAAUGCCAUGGAUCAUCUUGUGAUUCGCAAGGAACCCCUUGGUGCCGUGCUUAUUCUCGGCUGCUGGAACUACCCUGUUCAGCUUGCUCUUGUACCUCUUGCUGGUGCCAUUGCUGCCGGUAACACAGUCAUCUUGAAGCCAUCGGAGAUCUCUCCGAACACCGCGGCCCUCAUCACCGAGCUCUUCCCCAAGUACUUGGAUAACCACUGCUACCGCAUUGUCAACGGUGCCGUCGAAGAGACCACUGCCUUGUUAAAGUAUCACUUUGACCACAUCUUCUAUACCGGCAGUCCCAUGGUCGGCAAGAUCGUCAUGAAGGCAGCUGCUGAACAUCUUACUGGUGUUACUUUGGAACUGGGUGGCAAGUCGCCUGCCAUUGUUUUGCCCGAUGCUGAUCUUCAGGUCGUCGCUAACCGCAUUGGUUUCGGCAAGUUCUACAACUGCGGUCAGAUUUGUAUCGCUGUCGACUAUGUCCUGGUGCCUGAAGACAAGAUGGAUGCAUUUGCUGAUGCGUUCCGCAAGACUGUCACCAAGUGGUUCGGUGAGGACCCCAAACAGUCGCCUCACUAUGCCCGCAUGGUAUCCCAGCGCCACGUUGACCGCGUGGUGGGCAUGUUGGAGAACCGCCAGAGUGGUGCUAUCGCAUUUGGUGGCGAGCAUGAUCGUGAGGAACGCUACAUUGCCCCCACUCUUGUCACUGACGUCAAAUUCAAGGACCAAGUCCUUAUGGGCGAUGAAAUCUUUGGCCCUAUCCUCCCGGUGAUCCCUUACUCCAACUUGGAUGAUGCCAUCCACAUGGUGAACCAAAACUUGCCCCCGCUUGUGCUCUAUGCCUUCACCAACAAGAAGAAGCUAGCUCAGAAAAUUUUGGACAACACUCAGUCUGGUGGCGUGUGCAUCAAUGAUUGCUUGAUGCAUCAAGCAGAAUACGCCUUGCCCUUCGGUGGUAUUGGCAACUCGGGUGUUGGUAACUACCACGGUGAACGAUCCUACAGAACCUUCACUCACGAGCGUUCUGUGAUGGCAAAGAAGCUCAACAUGGAAAGUGUCAUUGCCGUUAGAUACCCACCUUACAGCGACAAGCGCACCAACAUGAUGCGCAUGCUGAUGGUCACCUCCCCACUGUCCUUGAAGUUCAAGGCCUACAAGGGUGCGUUCAAGAAGCUGGCUCUUGUUAUCGCAUUGGCUGUUAUCUACUACAAGCGUCGCUAA